UAUAUUCGUAUACCUUUACAGAUAUUUUUGGCUUUGCUCUUUCUGACAAAUUUUCGGAAUGUCUAGCUAUAUUAUCUAUUAGACUCGGUUAAAACUAAAUUAAAAAAACGCCAACAGAAUCCAAAAAUAUAAAUAUAAAAGGGGAGCUGUACGGACUACCAUCUGGAAAGCAUGUGCCCCAAGGAACCUGUGGACAGCAGUCUCCUGCCCGACUGUCGCAUAGCCAACAGAGUGCUCCUCUUCACGCUGCUGCAAACUCUCCAGGCGGAGGAGCGGCGAAUGGAGGAGGUGGACGUCCAGCUGCGAGAUCGCUACGAUGUGUUCCGUCAGGUGCUGGCCAACUAUCCGGUGCCCGUUGAAGAAGACUCCGUUGUCAUAACUGCCGGAGGCGAUUCAUCCGGAAACGAGAUCUUCGAGGCCAGCCUGGAAAGUGAUUCCAGAAGGAUCCCCAACAGAGUCAACUAAAUGGUUUGGAUGAGUGCUCGUUAUGCCAAAAGUACUAAGUAAAUAAAUAAGAAAGUGAAAUUAACUAAAGUUCGUCGCGUGGAUAUGUAUGAGCAACGAAAGUAAAACUUGACCAUUAAACGGCAAGCAAUAAAAAAAGAAAAUUCAACAUAAAA